GCGAGGGGGCCGGGCCCGGGGGCGGGGCCUGUCGCGCGCGUCCCCUGACUUGUCCCCGGCCCCGAGCCCUGCCCCCGGCCCCGUGCUUAUAACCCGGGAUGAGCGCCGCAAGCAGCCCUGCUCCGCCGCCUGCCGCCGCCAACUAGCUCCCGACGAGAUGUCCAGCAAAGGCUCCGUGGUCCUGGCCUACAGUGGUGGCCUGGACACCUCCUGCAUCCUCGUGUGGCUGAAGGAGCAAGGCUAUGACGUCAUCGCCUACCUGGCCAACAUCGGCCAGAAGGAAGACUUUGAGGAAGCCAGGAAGAAGGCCCUGAAGCUCGGGGCCAAAAAGGUGUUCAUUGAAGACGUCAGCAAGGAGUUUGUGGAGGAGUUCAUCUGGCCCGCCAUCCAGUCCAGCUCACUGUAUGAGGACCGCUACCUCCUGGGCACCUCUCUGGCCAGGCCCUGCAUCGCCCGGAAACAGGUGGAGAUUGCCCAGAGAGAGGGAGCCAAAUAUGUGUCUCACGGUGCCACGGGAAAGGGCAAUGACCAGGUCCGGUUUGAGCUCACCUGCUACUCACUGGCCCCCCAGAUUAAGGUCAUCGCUCCUUGGAGGAUGCCCGAAUUUUACAACCGUUUCCAGGGUCGCAACGAUCUGAUGGAGUACGCCAAGCAACACGGAAUCCCCAUCCCAGUCACCCCCAAGAACCCGUGGAGCAUGGACGAGAACCUCAUGCACAUCAGCUACGAGGCUGGAAUCCUGGAGAACCCCAAGAACCAAGCGCCUCCAGGCCUUUACACCAAGACCCAGGACCCGGCCAAAGCCCCCAACAGCCCGGACAUCCUUGAGAUCGAGUUCAAGAAAGGGGUCCCUGUGAAGGUGACCAGCAUCAAGGAUGGCACCACGCACAGCACGUCCUUGGAGCUCUUCAUGUACCUGAACGAAGUCGCGGGCAAGCAUGGCGUGGGCCGCAUCGACAUCGUGGAGAACCGCUUCAUUGGAAUGAAGUCCCGAGGUAUCUACGAGACCCCAGCGGGGACGAUCCUUUACCACGCUCAUUUAGACAUCGAGGCCUUCACCAUGGAUCGGGAAGUACGCAAAAUCAAACAAGGCCUGGGCUUGAAAUUCGCCGAGCUGGUGUACACGGGGUGUCGAGGGAAAUGUGCCAGUCCCCUAGGAUGUCCCGCUGCCUCUGCCACCUGCGAGCCGCAUGACUCCAGCAGGCCAGGGAAGCAGCUCCUGUCGUCCCUGAGGCUGCCAAGUCUUAUCCAGCACGUGCCAGGUUUCUGGCACAGCCCUGAGUGUGAGUUUGUCCGCCACUGCAUCGCCAAGUCCCAGGAGCGUGUGGAAGGGAAAGUGCAGGUGUCUGUCUUCAAGGGCCAGGUGUACAUCCUCGGCCGGGAGUCCCCACUGUCCCUCUACAAUGAGGAGCUGGUGAGCAUGAACGUGCAGGGCGAUUACGAGCCGAUUGAUGCCACUGGUUUCAUCAACAUCAACUCCCUCAGGCUGAAGGAAUAUCAUCGCCUUCAGAGCAAGGUCACCACCAAAUAGACCCGCUGACAAUGAGGAGCUGGGCCCCCUCCCUUUGCCUGUCUCCCAAGUACAGCUGCUAAUUGUUGUGAUGAUUUGUAAUUGUGACUUGUUCUCCAGGGCUGGCAGUGUAGUGGGAGUGCCAGGCCCUAGCUUUGUUCCCUGGUCCCCUGUAGCCUGUAGAAGUGGUCAGCAAACUGAAGGAGAGGGUGCGGCUACAGUGAGGAGCU